AUGCACUGGCCCACAUUUAUUGUAUUUCCAUGGAAGUAGCCAUUCCGGAUUCACGGAAUGCGAAAGUAUAAUUAUCGAUGAAAGUGGUAUCGAGAAUGUCUUACAAUAUGGCUCCGGUGUUGAAGUAUGUAAAUGAAUCAAUUUUGAGUUUGAGUCGUUUGUGGACAGGAAAGAAACUCUUCGUAGUGUCGAAGGUGUUAUCUUGUCCAUAUUCUGUUAGAGCAAGUAAGAAGAACAAAAUAAGAACUGCCACAGAAGCUGUGAAAGAUAUCCCGGAUGGAGCCAGCCUCUUAGUAGGUGGCUUUGGAUUAUGUGGAAUUCCCGAAAAUCUUAUAGCAGAAAUCUUAAGAUCAGGCAUAAAAGAAUUAACAGUUGUCAGCAAUAAUGCUGGCGUGGACGAUUUUGGUUUGGGACUACUUCUGAAACAGCACCGUUUGAAACGGGUUGUAGCCUCAUAUGUUGGUGAGAACGCAGAGUUUGAACAUCAGUAUCUAUCUGGACAGCUGGAGCUUGAGUUAACACCACAGGGAACACUGGCAGAGAGAAUUCGUGCGGGUGGAGCUGGAAUCCCUGCAUUCUAUACACCAACAGGAUAUGGUACACUUGUCCAUGAGGGUGGAGUUCCAAUUAAGUACAAGGAAGGAGGAAAGGUGGAAAUUGUCAGUGAGAAACAUUCAUAUGAAAACUUUAAUGGAAAGCCAUACAUUAUGGAGAGGGCCAUCACUGGGGACUUCGCGUUAGUGAAAGCAUGGAAAGCUGAUGAAGCUGGCAAUUUGAUCUUCAGGAAAUCUGCACAAAACUUUAAUUCACCAAUGUGCAAAGCAGCGAAGGUAACUAUUGCAGAAGUGGAAGAAAUUGUACCUACAGGAUCAAUCCCUCCGGACGAAGUUCAUGUUCCAGGAAUUUUUGUUGACAGAAUUGUUAAGGGUGACAAGUAUGAGAAGAGAAUAGAGAGACUGGCAGUACGAAAACAAGCUAAGCAGUCACUGGCAUCGUCAGUGCCAGCAGCACUUAUGAGGGAACGGAUAGCUCGAAGAGUUGCAGCAGAAUUCACAGAUGGAAUGUAUGCUAAUUUAGGAAUUGGUAUCCCUGUUCUGGCCAGCAAUUACAUCCCAAAGGACAUAACAGUUUAUCUUCAGAGUGAAAAUGGUAUCUUGGGAUUGGGACCAUACCCAUCUGAGAGCGAAGUUGAUCCUGAUUUGAUUAAUGCAGGGAAGGAAACUGUCACGGUCAUACAAGGGGCCUCAUACUUUGGUAGUGAUGACAGUUUCGCCAUGAUCAGAGGUGGCCAUAUAGACAUAACUGUGCUUGGAGGUAUGCAGGUUUCGCAGUAUGGUGACCUGGCCAACUGGAUGAUUCCUGGUAAACUUGUAAAAGGGAUGGGUGGAGCCAUGGACUUGGUAGCAGCUCCAGGCACAAAAGUUAUAGUCACAAUGAUCCACACGGCUGGCGACGGCUCUUAUAAGAUUGUAAACAGGUGUACCUUGCCAUUGACGGGCAGGAACUGUGUGGAUAUGAUCGUUACUGAAAUGGGAGUGUUUAAUGUUGACAAAGAGGAAGGCCUCACACUUACAGAGACUGCAGAAGGCGUUGGUGUUGAGGACAUAAUUGCAGCAACAGGAUGUGAAUUUGCAGUAUCCCCUGAUCUAAAACCCAUGAUACAAGUGUCAAAUGAAGACUGAAGACAUCCACGUUAUAUAAUUGACUUUUACUGGAAUGCUGGUACCAUAUGUCUUUCAGAAAUUUAUCACAAUUAUUUUUAUAGUCUUAACUUCAUAAACUUGCAUUGUACCAAAUCUCAAAACAAGGUUCAUUAAUUGUAGCAUCAUGUACUAAACUAUUUCCUCUUUCAGAUUUUUAAUAUUAUCUGUGAUCCUAUCUUUUCUCUGUAGGAUGAAAAGGAAUGCAGUAAUUAAAAAUUAUACUCACAGAUAAUCUUUCAGGCCACACUAUAAACCUUGAUUAGUUCUGUGUAGUACAAUUAUUUUAGACUUGACCGAUUUCAUAUUAGAACCACUAUGUUUUGAAAAUUAGUUCUAUAUCCUCUUCAGGUGAUGUAUGAUCCAUGCCAUGGGUCCAAGAGAAUAGGUUUUCCCUUCUUUCAUGUUCAGUAGUUUUAAUAAACCCAGGUGAUAGACAGUGUUCAAAGUAAUUGUUUAAAUAAUGUAUUUCUCUUUAUUUUUUCGCCCUGUUGUGUUAUGACAUCGAGGUAUUGGGGCCGUCAACACUACAGUGAAGUAGAUUGAUUCUAGUUUUAAUAAAAUUGAUUAAAAUACAUAUGAUAUAUCAGUGG